AUGGAAGACUGGGAGUCCGUAACAAAGAUUGGAAAGAAUGUCCGUGGAGGAGCUGGCGCAAACAGGGAGACUGUCAUUAGAGGUGCAGCUGCAUUGAACGCCGCCAAGCGAAGUGGAGGAGCUAUUACCACUGAGAAGAAAUUUGCUUCCGGCAAUGCUGGCUCAUCGGGGGAAGGUCAACAUCUCACAAAAGUCGACCGUUCUGAUGAAAUCAUUAAGCCAAAGACUGUCGGUCCAGAAGUCGCCCGCGCCAUUCAAGAUGGUCGCAAGGCCAAGAACAUCAAAACCCAAGCUGAUCUUGCCAAACUUUGCAACACGACCCCCAAAAUUGUCAAUGACAUGGAAAGAGGUAUCGCAACGCCGGAUCAGAAGGUUCUGAACAAUAUGGAACGAGUUUUGGGCAUCAAGUUACGUGGAAACGAUAUUGGAGCCUCGAAAUUUGGAGGUCCAAAGAAGAGUGCUACGCCUGCUCCUGCACCAAAGGCAGCGCCUGCUAAGACGACGAUUAAGAUUGUUCCUCCUACGUCUGGACCACCGAGUGCGAGGAGUGGAACACCUAAGACUGGUACUCCAGGUGGGGCUGACGAAUAG